CGUGGCAAUUAUCUAUAUCUGAUUUUUCCCAAUUUUCACUUCUCUUCAUUUUUUUUCUCCGCAUUUUACGCAGUAUGCAUACUAUUGACUGCGGUUUUUCAUGUGAGGGCUAUUAUUCGACAAAGUGCAUCGUUGGCUCUCCUAAUCACUGCUACAAAUAUUAUCCUCUUUGAUAUUGACAAAUGAUAGCGAUCCUUCUUUACUUACUUAUUUUUUUGACUGCUGAUUUGCCAGAGUUUCCUUUCUCUUCCGUUCGUUCAUUUGAGUGAGAUAUCUCGACACCAUUACUUGUGUGUACAAGUUUAGUAUGUAUGCAAGUGUGUUAAAUAUUUCGUUGGAAUAUAGCAAUUGUGUUAACUAUAUGAUUUUGUCUAGCUGUCUAGAAAAUAGGUCUACACGUAUAUGUAUGUACACGCUCUACUGAAUAAUGAGGAAAUUCGAUUGCCAGCUUUAAAUCCAAAAAUGACAUUAACUGUAGGAUUUUGGAUGAUNUAGUGCUUGGCUACGUGAUGAAGAUUCGCCAGUAGUAGCUCGUCUCUCUCAACUGAUUAGUGCUCUCACAAAUUUGACCAUGGAAACGGCUGAGGAAAUUCAGGCAUUUAUUUUAUUUUCUGUUGUAGUAUAAUGUAUAAAAUGAAUACUAGAUCGGCAACUAUGGAAUCGGUGGCUACUACAGUCCUCAUGUGGAUUUUUAUCAUGUAUGCUUUUGUUUUUCAAGCUUUUGCUAAAUCGAUCAUUGCCAAUGUAAUGCAUUUAGAAAUGGGAAUAUCCUGCUUACUACCACAAGGUUGAUUGGGAUCGUGGCAUCAUUCGUCAAUAGAUCCUGAUGGUUUUGCAACAAUCUUUCGUAUUGAUUAUGGUGAUGUACAACGCAUUCAUGUACAAUUUCUUCGGCCAUUAAAGUUUCAAAUCGAUUUGCAAAAAUAUAUGCAAAAUCUUGAUACAUUAUCAUCACCUUUGGAAUAUCAAGCAGUUGCUGAACAAGAUAGCCGUGCUUGA